UAACAUACAAUAUCCACAGUUGCUUCAGAGUUGGUGGUCUUAACCCUUCAUCGUCCUUACCGAGUAGAUCGUGCAGAUGCGUCAAUUUUUGCCCAAGACCAAGCUUUUCCACCGGCCUAAACCGGUGUCAGACAGACGGGGCUUUUAAGGGGAGUCGAGGGAAGCGCAGUAUUUCCACGCGUACCCGCUCGCGCGGAGGACCGUGGACGGUUAUCAGAGAUGGAAAAGGGAGGGCGUAUGCGGUCCCACGUGCUCUUCCCACCGCAGACUCGUCUUUUCCAAUCCUCCGUUUCCAUCAGGCUGAAGACGGACAGCAUACACGCACGUAUACGCAUCGCAGGAAAAACGUGUACACAAUCCUGCCCCCCAAUUCCAGUUUUCUGCAUAUGUUUAUGAUUUUUAAAUUUAUUUAUUGACAAAUUCACCUUUUUCAUUUACAACGAGGCUCAUCAGCGAGUAUGUGGAUGGCUGAAAGCGCCGUCGGGGAUAUGGCUGAGGACCAGUAACGGUUUAAUUACGGCUUUGAACGCAAACCUGUGUUUUUCAUAAUUUGGCACUGUUAUUCCGCUUCCUUCAUGCAAAUCCGGGGGACUAUGUGAACACAAUGCUGGCGGUUCGGUGCCUGCUUUUUGCUGCAGUGAGCGCGAGGUUUGCCGUGACAGGCUGGAAGCGCUCCGGGAGGCGCGAUGCAAGUGCAUGGAAUUGGGAAGCUUUGGAGGACCGAGGGAAACGCGGCUCGGCCGCUGAAGAAGUCACCAAACCCAAGCGGCUUUUGCAGCAGAUGGACUCAGAGGGGGAGAUUAUUCAUGGUCACCUGGACACAAGGGUAAAGAACGACACCGAGGGCGCCCUGCCUGUACAUCUGGCCCAGAGCAGCUUCCAGCUGGAGGCCUUUGGGAAGACCUUCAUCCUGGACCUGGAGCUAAAUCAUAACCUCCUGUCCUCUGACUAUGUGGAGCGGCACUUUGACAGCACAGGGAGGCCUUCACAGACUGUGGGAGGGGAACACUGUUAUUACCACGGGAGGGUACGCGGUGUGCCGGGGUCCUGGGCGGUUCUCUCGACCUGCCAUGGCCUGAGUGGCAUGUUCUCAGAUGGACAGUUUUCCUACGGAAUUGAGCCAGCCCUGGAUAGCAGUGAUCAGGCUCAGCAUGCCCAUGUGGUACACAAGAUGCCCAGCCUGCCCCUGAGCCCGACGUGUCCAGCCUGCACACAGGACAGCAAUGACCCUGGCAGUCACAGUCACAGGGGUGGCCAGGUCUUCCAGGACAACUCUACUGCGGCCACAGAGGGGCUGAGACGAUCCAGGAGACAGGUCCGCUGGAGCCAGAACACAGUCCAGAGUGAGACUAAGUACAUUGAGCUGAUGGUGGUGAAUGACCAUGAACUGUUUUUGCAGCUGCGCAGCUCUACGUCCCAGACCAGGAAUUUCGCCAAGGCUGUUGUUAACAUGGCUGAUGCGAUCUAUAAAGAACAGCUGAACACCCGGAUUGUGCUGGUUGCCAUGGAAACGUGGUCAUCAGCAAACAUGGUCUCCGUGGGUGACGACCCCCUGCUCACCCUCCGUGACUUCAUGAAGUACAGGAAGGAGAGCAUCAAGGAGCACAGUGACGCUGUUCACCUCUUAUCGGGGCGCACCUUCCGGAGCAGUCGCAGUGGGACAGCCUACAUGGGAGGGGUCUGCUCCCUGACCCGAGGAGGGGGCGUUAAUGAGUAUGGGAAUGUGGGUGCUAUGGCCGUCACCUUGUGCCAGAGCCUGGGCCAGAACGUCGGCAUGAUGUGGAACAAAGAUCGCACGUCUGCGGGGGACUGUCGGUGUCCGGACGCGUGGCUGGGAUGCAUUAUGGAGGACACUGGGUUCUACAUCCCGCGAAAGUUCUCCCGAUGCAGUGUGGAAGAAUAUGCCCGAUUCCUGCAGAGAGGGGGCGGGAGCUGUCUCUUCAACAAGCCCAACAAGUUGCUGGACCCUCCGGAAUGUGGAAACGGUUUUGUGGAGAUGGGGGAGGAGUGUGACUGUGGCUCUCAACUGGAGUGUUCCCGAAAUGGUGGAUCCUGCUGUAAAAAGUGCACGCUUUCCCAUGAUGCCAUGUGCAGCAACGGACUCUGCUGUCGGAGCUGCAGGUAUGAACAGAGAGGGGUGGUGUGCAGAGAGGCAGUAAAUGAAUGCGACGUCCCAGAGACCUGCUCAGGAGACUCCAGCCAGUGUCCUUACAAUGUUCACAAGCUGGACGGGUACAUUUGUGACAACAACCAGGGCCGGUGUUAUGGGGGGCGGUGCCGAACCCGGGACGGGCAGUGUAGGGGACUGUGGGGUCAUGAUUCGGCGGACCGCUUCUGCUACGAGAAGCUGAACGCGGAGGGUUCGGACAAGGGCAACUGCGGCCGGGACUCCAGUGGGCAGGGCUGGCUGCAGUGCAGCAAGCAGGAUGUGUUGUGUGGGCUGCUCAUGUGCGCCAACAUGACGGUUAAACCAGCUUUUGGAGACCUUCAGGGAGAGGUUACCAGCCAGACCAUCUACCACCAGAACAAAUACCUGGACUGCCGUGGGGGCCACGCCCUGCUCGAGGACGGUUCAGAUUUGGGCUACGUGGAGGACGGGACACCCUGCGGGCCCAACAUGAUGUGCCUGGAUCGCCGCUGCAUUCCAUUGACUGCCUUCAACCUCAGCAACUGCCCCAGCUCCUCCCCCUUCCACAUCUGCUCCGGCCACGGGACCUGCAGUAAUGAGGUGAAGUGUAUCUGUGACAGAGACUACACUGGCAAAGACUGCAGUUUUUACGACCCCAUCCCUGAACCCAAACCCCGGGACGGAACAGAGAAGAAGGUAACCGUGUCCUUAAUUUUACCCCCACACCGAUGGCCCCCGCCCCACGCAAGAGGGCGCUGGACAGAGAGAGAGGGGGGAAGGCGGGCUGAAGAACAUUCGAAGAGGAAGAUCUGGUGGGGGAUAGGAUAUCUGUCACUGUGUCCUAUUCACAUAAAAGAAGAAGAAAAAGAAGUCUUCCUCAUUCAAAAUCUCCCACAAUGCUUUUCUUUUCUAGUUUGCCCCUCCUUCUUUCCCCCCUUCACUCUUUCUCUCCUCUGCUUUUCCCUUCUCUCUCUGUCCCUCUCCCUCUCCCCCGGCCAUCUGAGGCCCCUCCCUCCAAGCAUUCCAACCAGACCUGACUGCCAAUCACUCCAGCCAGGGGCUGCCACUGUCAGGUUGUGCAACACAGCCACUCCCACUGCACACUGUCAUCCAAACAGCAGCCUUCAGAAGGCAACAGAUAUCUGUCCCCCUAGGCAGCAGUGGCCUCAGCUGGUGGAUUAAGGUAAUGCAGAUAUUGAUUAAUCCACAGUGGAAAAGAUGAACAUGCUUCAGUGUCAACUCCAGCUGCAUCAGGCAAACAACUCAGUAGAGACUCAUCAGUCCUUACAGCCGGACCAGCUCUGUGGACACCUAUCCCAUCAGUCCUUACUGCCGGACCGGCUCUGUGGAGACCUAUCCCAUCAGUCCUUACUGCUGGAUGGACUCUGUGGAGACCUAUCCCAUCAGUCCUUACUGCUGGACAGACUCUGUGGAGACCUAUCCCAUCAGUCCUUACUGCUGGACGGACUCUGUGGAGACCUAUCCCAUCAGUCCUUACCGCCGGACUGGCUCUGUUGAGACCUAUCCCAAUAGUCCUUAUUGCCAGACCGGCUUUGUGGAGACCUAUCCCAUCAGUCCUUACUGCCGGACCGGCUCUGUGGAGACCUAUCCCACUGUCCUUACGGACUCUGUGGAGACCUAUCCCAUCAGUCCUUACUGCCGGACGGACUCUGUGGAGACCUAUCCCAUCGGUCCUUCCUGGCUCUGUGGAGACCUAUCCCAUCAGUCCUUACUGCCAGACUGGCUCUGUGGAGAUCUAUCCCAUGGUCCUUACUGCUGGAUGGACUCUGUGGAGACCUAUCCCAUCAGUCUUUACUGCCGGACGGACUCUGUGAAGACCUAUCCCAUCAGUCCUUACUGCCGGACCGGCUCUGUGGAGACUUAUCCCACAGUCCUUAUUACUGGACUGACUCACUUAAACCAGUUAAUUCAAUGAUACAUCGCUGUCUGGCAGUAAAGUAUUUGUUGUUAAGACUUGUGGUGGCUACUGUACAAGGGGAAGGAAUCAUGACAAGCUGGAGCUCUGGCUUGUUGGUCCUGGGACAGCCAAUGAUGGGAGAGUAUCUCUGUCCUCCAAUCACGUUCCUCCCUGAAUUCUUCUCAAGUGCCCUCACUCUAACAUCUGUCCUGAAGAGAGUUUUUCAAGCAGGGGAAGGGAACAGAGUGUCUGUCUGCCGACAUAAACAGAACUGCCUAGUUAGAGUGCAAUGGGGAAACAGUCUUGAUGCCAUUUGGAAAUGGAUAUGCCUUUCCUCUCAAUGGGUGUAGGUCACGUCUUGAGCUGCACGUUGGAGCACAACCACCAUCAGAGCAGAGAACAUUCUGUUUUGCCUUUAAAUUGAACAUCCAUCCGUCUGCACAGACUUGUGGGUAAACUAUAUGCCUCUGAGGCCUGAAGCUCCAGCAUUCGGGGGAGACACUAACCAAUCAAAAGACCAAGCAGAGUGGAGGAAACUUCUAUAGUCUGGGCUGUUUGAAUGCAACUUAGAUCUAGGCACUUGAUACUUGUAGGCACUGUUUGUAUGAAAUGGUGUUCACCACAAUCAGGAAGAACUUCUUUUAAAGUUACUUUUAAAAUGACAAAUUGUCCUGUUUCCAAAGAAAAAAAGGAAAUGUAUUGUGAAAAAAAUGCAUUAGGAAGAAGAGUGCUUCCAGCAGUGCUGAGGGGAGGGCAGAACGCUGGGAGUCCGUUUCAAACGAUGUCUGAACCUCACGGGCAUUACGCACGCUGUCUGGGUGGUGUUGCUACGACGAUACUCAUUGGACCUAGAGACACUGUAGGAGUGGUCAUCUUCAGUGACUUAUAACCUCUUGUGUUGUCUACUAACAUUCCACAAUUAGUCAUUGCUAUUUAUGUAUGCUGAUUUUUAAAAGAAAACCUUAAGGUAACCAGUCAACAUGCAGUAACACAGCAGUUUCUUACACUGUAAACAUGCAUAGAAGAGUGUGGAUGCAUGUGUGUGUUUGCCAGUAUUUGGAAAUGUGUACAAUACACAUACACACUCUUAGACUGCCGGCUCAGUACAAAAUCAGUACAUUUAUGAUGUGUUCACUGCAAAAUAUAAGAAAUGUACUUUAUACAGGACAUGGAGUAUGCGUAUACUGUAUGUAUGAUGAAUACAUGCACAUUUGUUUGUAUA